AUGGCUGAGAUCGAGGCCUCCCAAUAUCGUAAAAAUUCCGGGCUGAACAAGUACACAAUCGUCUGCGCUCUCCUUGCCUCCACGAACUCCAUUUUAUUGGGUUAUGAUAUUGGAGUGAUGAGUGGUGCUGUGAUUUUGAUCAAGGACGACUUCAAAAUCACACGAACUCAACAGGAAAUCUUGGUGGGAACCCUGAAUGUGUUUUCUCUAAUAGGGUCACUAGCAUCAGGCAAGACAUCGGAUAUUAUAGGCAGGCGUUACACUAUAGUCUUGGCUGCUUGCACAUUUCUAAUGGGUGCACUCCUCAUGGGCCUCGCACCGUCCUACCCAUUUCUAAUGGCGGGGCGGUGCGUGGCCGGAAUUGGCGUCGGCUACGCCCUCAUGAUCGCUCCGGUGUACACAGCUGAGCUCUCGCCAGCCAUGAGCCGGGGUUUUCUGACCUCUCUCCCUGAGGUGUUCAUCACUUUUGGUUUGUUAGUUGGGUACAUAGUUAACUUUGCAUUGUCUGGCUUACCACUGCACAUUAGUUGGAGACUAAUGUUAGGGUUAGCGGCGGUGCCGGCGAUUGGUAUAGGUUUUGGGGUGAUAGCAAUGCCGGAGUCUCCUCGGUGGCUUGUAAUGAAAGGCAAACUAAGUGAAGCAAAGAAGGUUUUGAUCAGAACAUCAGCUUCUGAAGAGGAAGCUCAGUUGAGGCUUGAGGAAAUAACCAAGGCUGCAAUUCACGGUCCAGACUCGGCCCAUGAAGGUGGUUCGGUUUGGAAGGAGAUUUUGUUACGGCCCACUAGGCCCACCAGGCGUAUGCUCGUUGCUGCUAUUGGGAUCAACUUCUUCAUGCAGGCUUCUGGAAACGACGCCGUGGUGUACUACUGCCCGGAAGUGUUCAAGGCAGCCGGAAUUCAUAAUAAAAGACAACUGUUUGGUGUGAAUGUCAUUAUGGGCCUCGCCAAGGCCCUGUUUGUGUUGUUGUCGGCGUUGAAAUUGGACAAGUAUGGAAGGCGGCCACUUUUGUUAUUGGGCUCCGUAGGAAUGGUGGUUUCGCUAUUUGGGCUGGGCCUCGGGUCCAAGUUUCUCGAGCAGUCAACCGAAAAACCGACCUGGGCCAUAGCAUUGUGUAUCAUGGCAGUUUGCGCCGAUGUUUCUUUCUUUUCAAUCGGGCUUGGGCCCAUAACAUGGGUCUACUCUUCGGAAAUCUUCCCGAUGAGACUACGAGCCCAAGCCUCGAGCCUAGCCAUUUCGGUGAACCGGUUAGUGAGUGGGGUAGUGUCAAUGACAUUUCUAAGCAUUUCUCACAAAAUCACAUUCGGCGGAAUAUUUUUCGUGUUUGCGGGGAUAAUGAUUGUCGGUACGGUCUUCUUUUACUUGUUCUUGCCGGAAACAAAAGGCAGGACCUUGGAGGACAUGGAGACUAUUUUUGAAGACAAAGUGACAACAAAGGUCCGGAAAUUGCAUACCCAUCUUUUCAAUUUCUUGAAUUUGCAGAACACUGAGCUUCUACCUACUACAGCUCUGUGCCCCUCAGUCACACAGAAGAGAUGUCAUAACAUACGGAUAUUGCAUACAACACUAGUUCUGUAG